UCUGCUCCUUCGCAAAUCGCGGCGGUUCGUCAGCCAUCAGGCAACAUCAGUCGUGUAGCCAUCAGCUUUGAGCAGCAGUGUCGUGUUUGAGCAAAAUGUCUUGCCUUUGGAACAACAAAGCAUCAUCAUCGGCCGCUGCACACCGUUUGUGACGAGAAAAAUAUAAUAGAUUCGAUGCUCCUGUCGUCCGGUUACGAUAGACAAUAGUGAAAACUCGAUAGUGCAAUAAUUCAAACCUCCGGGGGAUUAAAAUCAGUGCAUGCAAUUGGUGUCUAUCGUGUGGAUUGGUUGAAGCUGAAGGUGAAAAAUUCAGAUUGGAUUGGCAGUGAUUUUUUUAUCUUUCUGUGUGGAGCGGUGGGAAGCAGAAGAGACUGGAAAUUUGCAAGAUCUAUCUGACUGACGGACGGAUGGAUGCAGUGCAUUCUAAUGUGUGGUGACAUCAGGUGCCAGUAAAUGGACUCGCCGCCGCUGCUGCAACCGUGUUGUCGUCCGUCAUCAUCAUUGCAGAAAGUAGUGUGUUGUGCACAGAUUGCGUUUGCCAGCGGAGCAAUUAAUCCAGGUUAAAUGGUGGAUAGGUUUGUGGAAUCAGUGAAAAAGGAGAAAGGAGUUUGUGUGGAUAAGCAACUCUAUCUUACUACCUACCCUUACGGUGGUGAAGCAGAGAAAUAGUUCCAUUAAAUGAGCGAAGAAAGUCUCCAGCUAGUGGGCACGUCCAUAGUGUAGAUUGAGAGUGGCUAAGCUGAAAGGGAAAAAUGAUCAUGAUGCUGGAAUGCGAAUAAUGAUGAUGGAAGAUAAGAUUGCUUUUGCUGCAAGUGCGACGAAUUAGUGGGGCAGUGUUGGGCGUUGCAGCGUUCAAAUAAUAAAGAUAGCCUGUUUGGAGAGAAAUUCCACAGUAGCUGUUGCUGCAGACCGAUACUUGGAUAAUUAUUGCUUUGGAGGAGAUCCUGAGACGCAGAUAAUACAAAGGAAUGAUAACUAACAGAACUAUUUGGCUUUCCUCCGGAUUAUAAUCGUCCACAAUAGUUAUUGCUUAGGCAAGAGUCAACGAAAUAAAAAUCCAGCACAGUAGAUCUGCCUUCAACGAAACAACUUGUAAUUUCCGAUAACAAGGUAGACGGAUCAACCAGCUUUCCCGGUAUUCUUUUUCUCUCUAUCUAUUUGUUCCGACACGCACAACGGCAUUAAGCUUCGUAAUAUACUCACAUCUACUAGGGAAACAAAAAUUUAAGUAAAUCCGCUGUCUAGGCCAUAACGGAUCCAGUGCCAAAUUUUAUCGCUAAGGAAUAAAUCAGAAAAAAUAUACAAAACAAAAGUGAAACUAGCAAGCAAAUUUUAGAAUCAAGUAAGUCACAUCAACACAAGGUACUAGUCAUAUAGAAAUUCGAAGAACGGCAAUCUCGGCGUAAGAAAAGUUCCCAAUUCAUAUUGAUAUUAGUCACGACUACCAAACGGCUAGUGCAGCUUAGAUUUUGGCAUUUUUUAUCGGCGUUCAGCACAGAGGAAGCCACAUAGAGAUAAAACGAGAGACGGAGAUAAGCUUCUGUUUUCGGGCAAAAUUGUUUGCAUGAAUCAGUAACGAGUGCGAUAACACUUUCAGUAGGGUUGACUCCGAAUGGGUUUGCUUCUGGGGUGAUUAUCUCCAAACCAUGCUGCAGUCCCAUUCAGACUAAGGUGGUAAGUGUGCGUGAACUCAAACGUCCCCCGACUAGACCGAAAUGGGUAAUAAAAACUCAUGCUGCUCGUACUCGAGCCCUCCUCCGACGCGUAAAGCCAAGGAUGUUCCAGUGUUCGAGGAACAUCUGCCGGAAGGUGAACUUUCGACGAACAACCUGCAGCACAUCUCCGAGCGGGAAGGUGACGAUGGAGAACACGAUCCGUCGGUGGAUCCCUCGGCGGGCACAAUGUUCCUUGAGCGAUCGAAGCAAAGCUUAGAAAAUGGAAUGACCAGGAAAAAAUCCCAACAUCAAAUAGCACCCCAAGGUGGAGCAGUACUAAAAAAGAGCAGUUCAUGCUCGACCAUCUAUUUGGACGAUUCGACUGUAUCUCAACCAAACCUGAAGAAUACGGUCAAAUGUGUCUCGUUAGCAAUCUAUUACCACAUCAAAACUCGAACCAGUGAACGAAGGAUAGACAUAUUCGAUGAAAAACUGCACCCGCUGACACGAGAUCCAGUGCCGGAUGAUUACGAUCUGCACAACCCGGAGCAUCGACAGAUCUACAAGUUUGUCCGGACGCUGUUCAAUGCCGCUCAGCUGACGGCGGAAUGUGCCAUCAUUACCCUAAUCUACCUGGAACGGUUACUAACGUACGCCGAGCUGGACAUCGGACCGUACAACUGGAAGCGAAUAGUCCUCGGUGCAAUCCUACUCGCGUCCAAAGUGUGGGAUGACCAAGCGGUCUGGAACGUGGACUACUGCCAGAUCCUGAAGGACAUCACCGUCGAAGAUAUGAACGAACUCGAAAGGCAAUUCCUCGAACUGCUCCAAUUCAACAUCAACGUGCCGUCGUCCGUGUACGCCAAGUAUUACUUCGAUCUGCGAACGCUGGCCGAGGCCAACGAUCUAUCAUUCCCGACGGAACCGCUGUCCAAGGAGCGGGCCCAAAAGCUGGAGGCCAUGUCCCGGGUGAUGCAGGACAAGGCAACGGCCGAAGCGCUGAAGAACGGCAUGAAGAAGUGGUCCUCCAUCGACAACAUCCACCAGCAGGGUAACGUGAGGCGGAGCGUUGCCAUUCUGUCGUGAUUCCACUGGGGGAAGCUGAUGACCAACGGUGGUGCUUGCGCGUUUUUGGUGUAAUGUUCACUAUUUAUAGCUCUAUGUUCGGCCAACCUCAGCUGCAACGAGUGGGAAACGUGUUUGUGUUAGGAUUGAACCAAUAAAUGUUUGAGAAACGGAAGUUCCGUUGGCAUGAGUGCAACUUUGUGUGAGAUUUUUUUAGUAUUCUGGAGAGUAAUGACAAAAAUGAUUCGUAGUGGCAGUGAAAUUGCAUUGGAGAUGAAAUCUUGUAUGUAGUUCAUACAUGUUUGUAUGAAACUCCCUAGAUGUUCCAUUUUAAAGAAAUACUUUUUAAACCAUUAUUUCUUACCAUAUGUUUGAGCCGUCACCAAAAAGAUUAAUAGCGAGAAGGUUUGAUAGGAAUAUUUGUUCAUCUGAAACUAUCUGAAACAUUAUAUAAUGCGAAAAUCUGAUUGUUUACUUGGUCAGAGUAGAGCCCCAAUCAAUGACUGUGGAUAACAGGUCAUUUUUAGCAGUUCAUUGAUUGUUAAUACUUUGUUAUAAUCAACGCAACAAUUGCGGAAAUAAAUAUUUAUUUGCAGCUAGUUUCAACUCACUCAAAGUGCAAAUUUUCGGUAAUAGCAAUCCGUGUGGUCAAUUAUGAAUUUCAAAUAACUCAACGUACAUAUGUACAGAUGGGUAAAUUAUUGGUUAAAUUGGGAAAAAAAAUCCACAGCUCAGGUGAGAUUUGAACUCACGACCCUUAUUCGCUAGACAAGUGCUUUACCAACUAAGCUACCGAGCCAAUUAAUGACCCGGCAACCUAGUUGUCAUAAGGUUCAAUUCUAAUCUCAUCGAUCUACACGGAAAAAUAUUAUAACCCAAAGAAUAAGUUUUAAAAACUCAAAUUUGACUAAACUGCUUAAAGUUUUAACUCAAAGUUGGGUUGUUUUCUCUCUCGCCCCACCGCAAUGUUUUCGAAAACAAAGAGAGAAGCACCGACGCAUCCGCUGCUCUUCCGUGGAAGAAGCCAAAUUUGGGUUUUCUUGAGUUAACCCAAAUUUGCGUCAAUUGAGGCCUCCGUUGGGUGAAAAUAACUUACCACUGGGUUAAUUUUUUUGCCGCUCUCAAACGAGAACUACUCACUCGCCACUAUCGCUGUUUGACGCAAAUUUGAGUAAUUCCACGGAAGACCGGGAUUGCGUCAAAAUAACUUAAAUUUGGGUUCAUUUGUAGUUCCGUGUAUAUCAUCUUCCCCUAAACCGCAAAUAUAACCAUCUCUGUUGUACAUAUGUACGAAGAGCGAAAGCGUUUGUUUAUUGUUUGAAACUGUUUGCCUAUCGUACAGGCAACGCUUCCUCAACCACUUGUAGAGGAAGAACAAUGCUACCUGGAAGGCGAUCAAACGCGUCGUUCGCAUUCUGUUUGAUACGACGGGUAACUACGUAGAGGUAGAUGCUCGAAAACGACUCACUCAAAGUGCAAAUUUUCGGUAAUACCAAUCCGUGUGGUCAAUUAUGAAUUUCAAAUUACUCAACGUACAUAUGUACCUGAGCUGUGGAUUUUUUUCCCAAUUUAACCAAUAAUUUCCCCAUCUGUACAUAUGUACGUUGGGUUAUUUGAAAUUCAUAAUUGACCACACGGCUUGGUAUUACCGAAAAUUUGCACUUUGAGUGAGUCGUUUUCGAGCAUCUACCUCUACGUAGUUACCCGUCGUAUCAAACAGAAUGCGAACGACGCGUUUGAUCGCCUUCCAGGUAGCAUUGUUCUUCCUCUACAAGUGGUUGAGGAAGCGUUGCCUGUACGAUAGGCAAACAGUUUCAAACAAUAAACAAAUCGCUUUCGCUCUUCGUACAUAUGUACAACAGAGAUGGUUAUAUUUGCGGUUUAGGGGAAGAUGAUAUAGAUCGAUGAGAUUAGAAUUGAACCUUAUGACAACUAGGUUGCCGGGUCAUUAAUUGGCUCGGUAGCUUAGUUGGUAAAGCACUUGUCUAGCGAAUAAGGGUCGUGAGUUCAAAUCUCACCUGAGCUGUGGAUUUUUCCCCAAUUUUACCAAUAAUUUACCCAUCUGUACAUAUGCACGUUGAGUAGCUAGUUUCAAAUUAUUUAUCAUUGAGUUUUCAUCAAAAAUAGAACGAACACUAAACUGAAAAGCAGGCUUUGUCCCAAUUAGGACGUUACGCCAAUAAUAAGAAAAAAACCCUCUGUAUGAUUUCUUUCCGUUAUACAUUCAGGGAUUCUUCCAGUGAGUAAUGAUGCAAUAGGUUUAUUCAGGAGCAUCUAUACUUUAUAAUUGUUGAAUUGAUGUUUAUUUUUUUCUGGAAAAUUUCUUAAUGAUCAUUAUUUGUAUGAAAUGAUAUUGUUUUUUUUUUAACUUGAUCUUUAACCAGUUUUUUUGUUCAGAGCUUCCUAUCAAACUUCGUCGCUAUCAAGCAUACGCUUCGGGCCCUCGAGAUUCAAAAUAAACCACCAUCCCAAAGGUUUAGCACGAGGAUGGCUAAACACCGGAAAACCAUGUGUCAAUUCGUAUUAGACGAAGUAUUAGGUAAAAUGUCAUCUAAAUGAAAUCUAAAUGAAAUCAAAAUUAGAUCUGGAACAGCGAUAUGAGCUGCUCUGUUUUUGUUGCAGCGAACCUGAAGAGAAUUACUAUUUGCUUUAAUUUCUACGCUCUAUAUUUCUCUUUUAUUAAAAUAUCAUAUGCUUCCAUUAGUGUAGUCGCUCUGGAUUAUAACCCAUGUAGUACUUAUCCCAUGAUAUUAUUUUCCAGCCUCUAAACAACCAUUUUUGGCACCGCUCAUAUCGUAACCAGUAUUCCCUCCCCGUAAAUGUUUCACCCUACUACCAGGAGACAAACCUUUGCUACACAAAAGAAACUAUUAAUCACACAAAGCAAAUUGCACUAUUUGAUAGAAUUCGAAAGCUGCGCCUAGCAUCAGCAAACCGAAAGUAAUUACAAUGCCGUCACUAGCUAAAUCUAGCACCGUAACGAAACUUUUAAACCGAUCAAGCGGUAUAUAACAUAGAAUGCAGAUAAAGUAAAACAAAAUGAUCAUAUUAAAGACUCAUGUGGUAGAAGGCGUCGCAUACCAUCUAGAAACCCCGUAAUUAGAAACGCAAAACAGAAAUCAUCUAGAUAUGUUAAGGAAUCGGAUCGACUUAACGUUAGAGAGUACCAGGAAAAAUAAGUCGUGUAAAGUACUAACCUAGGAGGAAAAACUUACAAUUAGGAACCAACAAACCAAGUCAUGUGUAGUUUCAUUCAUUUUUCGUUAGAAUUUAAGAGCCACGAAUCAUAAGUCUGCUUUGUAUUUUUGCCCCCGUUUAGUUUACCAACAUUUGACACACGUCGUUUCCAAAACAUGAAAUUAAAAAGAUCCUUAACAAGAAAAUAACAGAAGCAUAAACUCUAAUCAAUAGGUCGUAGGACGAUAGGAACGUAAGCGAACCCGAAAGAGCAGACAAGUCAUGUGUAUUUUCCAUCUUUUAUGUCUUUUAGUCGAAUCAAAAAUCAUGAAACGAGCAUGGAAAUAAAAUUGAAAAAAAAAAAAUGAAGUUGGGUGAAGUAAAAGACGAGGAACGAACCCGGAACUGUAGGUAUGUGUUAUAACGUGAAGAAGGAAAUUGGUGUGCAACAAGCAAAAGAGCUGAACAAGCAGGAUUAAAGGAUUAUUGAGAGAUGAAUGGAAUAUCGUACCAAUUUAUAUGUAACUUAAGCUAUUGCGAGAAUGAAAAGUAUAAGAGAAUAAAUUUAAACAAUGAAAAAUUAA